CAGUGUGUACAGUGAUGUGAGAGGUUGUUGUGCACGGCGAAAUUAUGUAUAUCCUCAUCGGUAGAGAUGUCGAAGUUUGGGAAGUGCGGCCUAAUGGUCGGUGAUAAGAAAAUGAAGGAUAAAAUGCCACCAUUCAGAAGAAAAAAAGCGGGAAAAUCGUUCCCCGUAAAAGUGUGUACUUUGGAUGCUGAACUCGAAUUUAAUUUAGAGUGGCGUGCUACUGGAAGAGAUCUGUUCGAUUUGGUGUGCCGGACUAUUGGACUAAGAGAAACAUGGUAUUUUGGACUUCAAUAUGAAGAUUCAAAAGGCUUUAUAUCAUGGUUGAAACUGGACAAGAAAGUGCAGGACCAAGGCAUCCCACAACAGCCUCAAACAGCAUUCAUGUUUUUGGGGAAGUUCUAUCCUGAAGAUGUGGCAGAAGAAUUGGUGCAGGAGGUUACUCAGCAUCUGUUCUUUCUGCAAGUUAAACAAGCAAUCCUAUCAAUGGACAUCUACUGCCCUCCAGAGGCAUCUGUUUUGCUUGCAUCGUAUGCUGUGCAAGCUAAGUAUGGUGACUAUGAUGAAGCAACUCAUAAGCCAGGAAUGCUGGCAAGUGAAGAUUUGUUACCUCAGAGAGUAAUUGAUCAGUACCAGAUGACGCCAGAAAUGUGGGAAGACAGAAUAAAAAUCUGGUACGCCGAUCAUCGUGGUAUGUCCAGAGACGAAGCAGAGAUGGAAUAUCUUAAGAUUGCUCAGGAUCUUGAGAUGUAUGGAGUUAACUAUUUUCCUAUCUGUAACAAAAAGGAUACAGAACUUUGGUUAGGAGUGACAGCAUUAGGGUUAAACAUAUAUGAAAAAGAGAACAAGCUUACACCAAAAACAACUUUUACGUGGUCUGAGAUUAGGCACAUAAGCUUUGAUGAUAAGAAGUUUAUUAUAAAACCAGUAGAAAAAUCCUCACCGAACUUUGUGUUUUUCUCACAGAAAGUACGAAUGAACAAAUUGAUUUUAGAUCUGUGUAUUGGGAACCAUGAUCUAUUUAUGAGACGUAGGAAGCCCGAUACUAUGGAAGUACAACAAAUGAAGGCCCAAGCUAAGGAAGAAAAGCUGAGGCGACAGAUUGAACGAAACAAACUUGCCCGAGAGAAGCAGUUGAGGGAGGCAGCAGAGAGGGAACGCGCUGCCAUGGAGCAAAGGCUGGUGCAGUACCAAGAGGAGAUACGGCUCGCCAAUGAGGCUCUUAGACGCUCAGAGGAAACAGCAGACCUGCUGGCAGAGAAGUCUAGGGUAGCUGAAGAAGAAGCAAUGCUGCUCAGUCAGAAGGCUGCAGAAGCCGAACAGGAAAUUACGCGGCUGAGACUUGGGGCUAUGAAAACAGAAGAGGAGAAAGUUCAUUUGGAACGAAAGACGAGGGAAGCUGAAAUGUUGACUGCAAGGUUAGUUGACGAAUCAGAGAGACGGGCAGCAGAAGCAGAGAGAUUAAAGGAUGAGCUUAUCAAAGCUCGUCUUGCUGAGAAGCAAGCCAAGGAAAAAUUACUAGAGUUCCUGUCACGCAGUGCCUACACAAAUAUAGCUCUGCAACCGCUAUCGUCGCAGACUGGUGUCGGAAUGGAUGGUGGCGGUGGUCUCCUGGCAGUGCUCCCCCCACCCACUGCCGUUCCUCCUCUGUACCCAGCCGGGGGGCAAGUCCUGCCAUCAGAGCUGCAAGCCGAUCUCCGAGCUCUCCAGCUCGCAGAUGCCACUGCCGCUGCAGUUGCAUCCGUCGGUGUCGGCACUGUUCUGACAACUGCCCCGCAUGACCUGAACGCCUACGAUUUGAUGGCAGAUGGUGAUGUGGAACAGCUGUCGCUCGAGAUCGAGAAAGAGAGGGUUGAGUACCUUGAAAAGAGUAAGCAUCUGCAAGAGCAGCUACGAGAGUUACGUUCAGAGAUAGAAGUUCUCAAGGUUGGGGAGAAGCAAAGCCAGCUUGACCAACUGCAUGAUGAGCAAGUCCGGCUUGGUGAAACCAAGUAUUCAACUUUACGUAAGGUCAAGUCAGGUUCAACAAAAGCUCGCGUGGCCUUCUUUGAAGAACUCUAAGAAGAGAUGCCAAAUGUGCAUAGUAAGCACUUCAGUGUAUGUUAAUUUAGCCAAAUGUUGAAUAGGAUGACAUUAAACUGUGUGUUGUGCUCACAGACUUCACAUCACAGUGGCAUCUGAAGAUGUUGUAGAAAUGUUAUUUUUUUAUAUUCUCUAUUGACUUACAUUAUAUGAAAAACGCUAUUUUUGUGAAAAAAUUGUAAUAUUCUGCCUCAUUUGGUGUACAAAAAAAUACUCGUGUGUGUGUGUGUGUGUGUGUGUGUGAGUGUGUGUGUGUGUGUGUGUGUCAGAGAAGGAGAGGGGACUUGUGUCUUCACACACAACGUAGUUCUUGAGAAAGAGAGGGUGGGACAAAAAGGAAAUUAUCAUAACUGCACCACUUGAGCAAUGUUUAUAAUGAGUGUGUUGCUAUUAUAUACAUUUUUAUAUUGUCAUCACCAUACACGUAUAAUUCAAAAUUCAUUGCCUAAUGAUUAAGGUAUUAAAAAGCAUUAUGAAUGUUCCUCACUUUGUUGAAGGACAGGAUCUAUCAUGUUGGUUCUGAUACCUUUUCUGUCCCCUAUCUCAUUCUCUUCAUGACAGAAUAUUUUGUUGGAGGCAGUCAGCAUUGGUGGUCAUCAGUAUUUAGUAACCGGCAUGGUGUGCAAUCUAUUUGCACUGUAGUUUUAUUUUGAAUAUAACAUUUAAUUUCAUCUAGCUGUCUAUAAUAUGUGGUUGCAAAUAUAUCUACAUUUACUUUA